UAUCUUUACUCUUCACCAUUUUACCCACUUUGACAUCUCUUUACCAUACACCAUCAUGCCUCCUUUCCGUUUUAACAUCCCUUUCUUCUCUUAUGGCUCUCCUUCUCGUUCCUCUUCAGGGACUUCUUCCCCAUCACCACCACCAACUCCUCCCACUUCUUCACGCCCUCCUUUUCGUCCUGGUGGCAUCGCUCAGCCGUCAAAGCCAGCCACGUUACUAGAAACAAAGCCAAAAGUGCCACCGACACUUUCUAGGGCUAAAAGCAAUGUUGCGGCAACUGCAGCUUCUUCGUCUGCGUCUCAGUUGCCCUCUCGCGGCGCAGCCAGGCCAACCAAAAAGAGUAACCAGUAUGGUUCUCCGGUAAAGAAACCUGAGUCUCUGAGGGCAGAGGAGCAAAAGGUGGCGAUGAAAGAUAGGCCAUCCAGAGAAGCUGGUGAGAAUAGCAAUCCGGUAGCAGAGAAGCAUCCGAUUGCACGUUCUGAACAAAAAGAAGCUCAGGAGCAGAGGAAAAGAAGAGAAGUAGAGAAACUUGCGGUGGUAGAUAGGGAUUCAAAAACAGCUCAGGAACAGCAGAAGAGCAAAGAAACCGAGAAACUUGCAGUGGAAGAAAAUAAGAAGGGUCUUCAAAAGGACAUGGAAAAGAAUUCAAAAACAGAAAAGGAACAGGAGAAGAGCAAAGUAACCGAUAAACUUGCGGUGGAAGAAAAGAAGAAAGUUCUUGGAAUAGAUAGGGGAGAGAAUUCAAAAACAACUCAAGAACAACACAAGAGAGAGGAAGCAGAGAAACUUGCAGCAGAAGAAAAGAAGAAAGCUCUUAGCAAGGACAUGGAAGAGAAUUCAAAAACAGCUCAGGAACAACAGAGGAGAAAGGAAACAGAGAAACUUGCAGCGGAAGAAAAGAAGCAAGCUCUUAGCAAGGACACGGAAGAGAAUUCAAAAGCAACUCAAGAACAACAGAAGAGCAAAGAAACCGAGAAACUUGCAGCACAAGAAAGAAAUACAACCACACAACAUAUCACGGCAGCAUCAGAAUCCUCGAGAGGGUCGAAAGACCUACCAGAUAGAAAGACACAAAACAGAACAGAUAAUCAAACCAACGACAAUCAUCAGAAAACAAAAGAAGGUUCAUCGUCGAUGAGCAAAAAGAUCAAAGAAGACAUCAGAGACGGACUCAGCAAGCUUACUUGGGGGAAAAGCAACGGUGACAACGAGAAAUCUGUGAGUGUCUUUACUCUAACAGGGGAAAACAGAGGAGCCAAUAUGGCAAUAGGUUCUGAAAAAGACAAGAAAGAUGGUGAGGUUCAUAUACGCCGUGGCUAUAAAAUUAAUCCAGACGAGAGCCCGGAUACCACAGCCACGGAAACAGAAGGAGGAACAAGACCCUUCAACGCCAAGAACCACCCUAAAGACGACCAAGAAGACGGUAUGGUUAGGGCAUACGUAAACGGAAACAGUCAGGGGGUUAAUAACUCGAUUAUAUGCGAUAGUUCAGUGCAACAAAAUGAUCCAGGCAUUCAUAUGAAUUUGAAGUUUGAAAAAUCUAAGAAAGAGGAUGAAACUAUUAGUCCACCGGUGGAGAAAAAACCGGCGACGGAGAAGCUGUUGAAGUAUGAGCCGAGGGUGAGGAGGAGAUGUUUGAGAGGGUUGCUUGCAGAGUCGAGUCAGUCGGAUCCGGAGAAUCCCUCGAAGCCUAGGAGACAUGGUUGCCGCUUUACCUGUAAAGACAAAGACAUAGAGAACACAUAAUUAUGUAAAUAUACUUUUAUUAAAUUAUUAUGUAAAUGCUCCAUUUUAUCAGUUUCUGUUUGAUCUUUUUUUUUUUUGGUAAAAUUUCUGUUUGAUCAUUGGCAAAAAUGUUGUUGUUUAUUCAGUGAAUCGCACCAUUGAAUUGUUCAAAACGUGGGGCAU